AUGGUGGACGAUAUUGAUUUCACUACCAGAGAUUUGGGGGCUUCCAGCACUUAUCUUAUGCACUGCUUGGCCCUGAGCAAAAAUGACUUUGUGGUGCUCAAAGGACGACAAUGCAAAAUAGUGGAGAUGUCAACUUCCCAAAGUGGAAAAUACGGUCAUGCCAAGGUAUACCUUGUUGGAAUUGAUAUUUUCACAGGCAAAAAACAUGAAGAUAUUUGCUCGUAUGUUUGCCCUUCUACUCACAAUAUGGAUGUUCCAAAUAUUAAGAGAAAUGAUUAUCAACUGAUAUGCAUUCAGGAUGGUUACCUUUCCCUGCUGACAGAAACUGGUGAAGUUCGUGAGGAUCUUAAACUGCCAGAAGGUGAACUAGGCAAAGAAAUAGAACAAAGUACAAUGCAGUUGAAGAUGUUCAGGGAUCUGUCACAUGUGCAGUGA